AUGUCAAACUUCACCAAAGUUGAUUCAACAGCACUGAACGAUAUCCUGGACAUCACCGCUAAAAUGGAAGAGGAGGGGACAGGUGUUUCGAUAUCACAAAAGCAAAGCAUAAUGAUUUCCUAUGUCCUUGGAAGAGUUUCUUUUAUUGAUACUCCCGACAUUUAUGAACCAGGAACAAAUGUGCAAGUAAAAGUCAAAGCUGUUUAUCAUAAUGGUAAACCCAUUCCUGACCACAUCGUGUACCUGUUUGAGGGAGACAUUUCUCCGAGCUCAAUACAAAACGUAAAAACUGACGGGAAAGGUGUUGCUGUGUUCUCACUUAGCACAAACGAAUUAAAAGGGGACGUCCAACUCCAUGCAAGCCUGACGCCGACUCUGGAUUACGCUGGAUAUAGAACUGCUUUCUUUGAGGUUGGAACUCACACUUUGUCCAUGGCCAAACCGUCUUCUCCUGAUGAUAAAACAGUUAGCUUCCUGGAGGUAAAGACGAGGGACAAACCUCUUCCGUGUGAGACAGAAGAAGCCAUAUCUAUCCGGUACACGAUCGUGGGAGAGGCCCCAGGCUCUGUGGAUCUGAUGUAUCUGGUCUUGUCCAGAGGAGUUAUUUCCGCUCACGGACAUCAAGAGCUUAAAGUAACAUCUCAAACAGUGAAUGAGGGCGAGGUGUCCUUGAAGUUGACUGUAUCGCCUGAGAUGACACCAGACAUCCAGAUUGUGGCUUACGCUGUCCUCCCCAGUGAGAAUGUGAUCGCUCACAGUGCUGAAUUCUCCACUGAGAAGUGCUUCACUAACAAGGUGUCGGUACAUUUUGUACCACCUUCGGCUGUCCCAGGAGAUGAGACCAACUUCCAGGUGACGGCCCUGCCGCACUCUCUGUGUGGUGUGAGUGCCAUCGACCAGAGUGUCCUCAUCAAGGAGCCAGGGAAGACUCUGAAUGCUGAAAAGAUUUAUGACUUGCUUCCUAUCAGGAAAGCAACCUCUGUCCCAUAUGAGGUUCAAGAUCCUAUAGAGUGCAUGGAAGUGAGACCAAAAAGAUCGAUUCUGCCGUUUCCUGAGAGUGGCAAAAAUGAUGCCCACACUGUUUUCCAGAAUGUAGGACUGAAGAUGGCAACCAACUUGGUUAUUCAGUUGCCUUCAUGCCUCAAGUACAAAGGAAGAGAAUACUAUCAAGGUGACUACCAGUGCUUUAGGAAGGGUCCUUAUCAAGUGUACAAGUUGGACAUAUUAGAGAGAAUGCCAGUUGCAGCUGCCGCUGGUGCUCCGGCACUUCCUCCUGACAUUUCACCCAUAAAAACAGUCCGUACUUUCUUCCCAGAGACUUGGAUAUGGGAUCUGGUAGACGUUAGAGAUUCGGGCACAGAGAAAAUGACCCUCACCAUCCCAGACACCAUCACCACCUGGGAGACGGAGGCUUUCUGCUUGUCUUCUGACGGUUUUGGUUUGGCUCCUCGUGAAGAUUUGAAAGUCUUCCAGCCCUUCUUCCUCGAGCUCACCAUGCCCUACUCUAUCAUCCGUGGGGAGUUCUUUGAACUGAAGGCGACUGUCUUCAGCUACCUGACCAGCUGCAUGAUGAUCACUGUAACACCAGCAUCUUCCUCACAUUACACCCUCACCCCCCUGUUUGGUGACCAAACCACAUCUUGUUUGUGUGCCAGCGAGCGCAAGACCUUCAGCUGGAGCAUGACCCCAUCGGCCUUAGGGGUUGUGAAUGUGACUGUGUCUGCUGAGGCAGUGGCUUCAAUGGAUUUAUGUGGUUCUGGGGCCGUAACUGUUCCAGACAGAGGUCGCAUCGACGUGGUGACAAAAUCCCUCAUAGUGAAGGUUGAGGGAGUUGAGGUGACAAAGACCUUCAACUUGCUACUACUCCCAAAAGGAAAAACUGUGAGGGAGGAAGUUCUGGUCAAACUUCCUUACAAUGUGAUUGAAGAUUCUGCCCGUGCUUUCAUAUCAGUCCUGGGUGACAUUCUCGGUCGGGCUCUGAAGAACCUCGACAGUCUGCUGCAGCUGCCAAGUGGAUGUGGAGAGCAGAACAUGGCUCUCCUCGCCCCCAACAUCUUCAUCCUCGAGUACCUGAAAGACACACAGCAGCUCACCUCAACCAUCGAGGAAAAGGCUACCAGUUAUCUAAUCACUGGCUACCAAAAUCAGCUGAACUACAAACAUACUGAUGGUUCUUACAGUGCAUUUGGAACAGGGGAAGGAAGCACUUGGCUGACUGCUUUUGUGGUGAAAUGUUUUGCACGAGCUGAGAAAUUCAUUCACAUCGAUCCCAGAAACAUUGAAGAGUCUAAGACAUGGCUGGAAAAUCAACAACGGGAAAAUGGCUGUUUUAAAAUAUCAGGGAGACUCAUUCACAUUGGCAUGAAGGGUGGCGUGUCGGACGAAGUCACUCUCACUGCGUACAUCACUGCGACGUUUCUGGAGAAUAAGAAAUACGCAAAAAAGAGCCUGGCUUGCCUCAAGGACUCCAUGAAUGACCUCAGCAACACCUACACUACAGCUCUGCUGGCGUACGUCUUCACCCUGGCAGGAGACGUGGAGACCCGCGCUCACCUUCUGGAGUACCUCGACAAGGUUGCAGUAAAGCAAGGCAGUUUCAUCUACUGGACUCAGAAAUCAACAGAAACGUCCGCCUCCCUGUCAGUGGAGAUCAGCUCCUACGUGCUGUUGGCCCAAAUCAGUGCUUCCCCGACCAAUGAAGAGCUGGCUUAUGCCUCCAGCAUCGUGAGGUGGCUGGCUGAGCAGCAGAACUAUUAUGGAGGCUUCUCCUCAACACAGGACACAGUGGUGGCUCUUCAGGCUCUGGCAUUCUACUCCACUGAAGUGUUCGGUUUUAAGGGCUCAAGCAAAGACGGCUCAGGCAAAGGAGGCUCAAGCACAGGUGGUUCAAGCAAAGUGGCAGUUGCUACUCCUGGUGGCCAGGUUACGUUCCACGUCAAUCGAAACAACAGACUGCUCUACCAGGAGGAGAUAAUAGUGGAGAACAUAGCAGGGAAGUACAUCGUGGAGAUGAAAGGCAGCACAAGUGUCUCUGUGCAGAUUACUGUUCGGUACAACAUCCCAAAUCCUUAUGAUUCCUCAACUCUGAGCGUGGAGGUUAACGUGCAGUAUAACCACAGCAGUCAGUCUUCCCGACCCAAACUCACUCUGCUGAUAAAGUCCCGAUACACUGGAAAGCAGAGCACUACAAACAUGGUGAUCCUGGAUAUCAAAUUGCUCUCUGGACAUGUCCCAGACCCAGAGUCUUUGAAGAAGCUCAAAGGUGCCCUGCUGGUGGAUCGUGUUGAACAAAGGGAAGAUCAUGUUCUGGUGUACUUACGAGAGUUAGUGAAGGACACACCCGUAGAACACAGCUUGGACCUCAUAGAGGAGUUCCCAGUGGACAACCUGAAGCCUGCUGUGGUCAUGCUCUAUGACUACUAUGAGCCAAGUCAGCAGUCUGAGAUGGAAUACCUCUACCCGUGAGCUUGAAGAGAGAAACCCUGACGUCAUCAUCAAUUUCAGAAUAAUUUCACAAACUUCAGAUAUAAUGUCACAUCCUUUGGCUAUUAC